CGUCUCAUCUCCCACCAAACCCGAGACAUAUAUACACUGUCAGAUUCGAUUCGUGGUUGAUAAACACUUUGAGAAAACUCGAAGGAGAUUUAACAGCUUCCCGGAUCGGAUGAUGGAGGGGAAAACCUUGAAAAGAGGCAAUCUAAGAAGCAAGAAGAAGUUGAAGAGUUCCCUGACGAAGCACCUGACUGUCGGCGUCGGCGCCGGAGUCGGAGGUCAAACGUCUCUCUUCUCACUUCCGCCGCAAACCUCAGCUGCCGCAUCCAAAUCCGCUGGACUCCGGAGCGUUUGGGAUGUAGAAGCACGGCCGGCUGUUGAAUCUCAGUUACAUUUGGCCCAACCGCAUUUACCGUCGACGUCCUGUGUCAGCUCCGGCGCUGUUUCUGAUGCUGGUCUCGAUGAGAAAGAUUUCAUUCUUAGCCAAGAUUUCUUUUGUACCCCUGAUUACAUUACCCCCGAGGUGCCAGCUAUUCCAAAUGGGUUGGAUUCCGAAACGGAUAAUUUAAUUUGUCCCAAGUCACCCGAGAAAGUAAAAUCUGUCGGAAGCAAAAGGCAGAGAAUGGAUGGUCUUUCAGUUUCUUUCACUUCAAAAUUUUGCAGCACACAACUACCUGAUGCUACAGAUGAUACUUCUGUGGUAGAUGAGACAAAAUUGGGAAAAACAACCAACCCACCCAAUAAUCACGGUUAUAUUUCACAAUCUGCCAUGGCCUUAAGGUGUAGAGUUAUGCCUCCUCCCUGCAUUCAAAACCCAUACCUCAAAGAUGCUUUAGUAGCAGAUAUUGAUCCGUUUGGAAGUCGAAGAUCAAAAUAUGCAGCGUUUUAUCCUGCAGUUCUGGAAAAUGAUGGCCUUUCACGCUACCGGACAGAUUUUCACGAAAUUGAGCAAAUUGGCUGUGGAAAUUUCAGUCAUGUUUUCAAAGUCUUGAAGCGAAUUGAUGGUUGCAUGUAUGCAGUGAAACAUAGCACAAAGCAAUUGUAUCUGGACACUGAAAGGAGAAGGGCUUUAAUGGAAGUUCAAGCUCUCGCUGCCCUUGGGUUCCACAACAACAUUGUCGGCUAUUACUCUUCGUGGUUUGAAAACGAAAAACUUUAUAUACAGAUGGAACUUUGUGAUCACAGCCUAUCCAUCAAGAGAACUAAAUUAUACUCAGAAGGGGAAAUAUUGGAAGUAAUGCAUCAGAUUGCCAAGGCAUUGGAGUUUGUGCAUGAGAGAGGCAUAGCCCAUUUAGAUGUAAAACCAGACAAUAUAUAUGUAAAAAAUGGUGUUUAUAAGCUAGGAGACUUUGGAUGUGCAACACUACUGGAUAGUAGCUUGCCAAUUGAAGAGGGCGAUGCACGCUAUAUGCCGCAAGAAAUCCUCAAUGAGAACUAUGAUCACCUUGACAAGGUUGAUAUCUUUUCCUUGGGUGCUUCAGUGCAUGAGCUUAUCAGAGGCUGUUCCCUGCCAGAAGGCGGGCUUCAUUUUAUGAACCUCAGGGAAGGAAAAAUGCCUCUUCUGCCAGGCCAUUCAUUGCAGUUUCAGAAUCUACUCAAGGUCAUGAUGGAUCCAUGCCCUAUCCGGCGUCCUUCGGCCAAAGAACUUGUUCAUCAUCCCAUUUUUGAAAGGAGACAGAGAUCAACCGUGAACAAGCACUGACACACACACAUGGUGUCAAUUGUGAGCUCAAAACCUGUAUGUAUGUAUAUAUAAAAAAAUUCUUUAUUACUCAGGAAGGCUGGCUUGGCUCCAACUCAUAAUUUUGAAUGCUCUUACUUUGCUGAGGAACCCUAUGCAGGAUGUUCCCG